AUGCGUUUCACCAGCCUCGCAACCGCUCUCACCACCCUCUCCGCCGCCUCUGCGCGUAUCAUCGGCAUCGAAGCCCCCUCUACUCUCGCUCCCAACAGCACAUUCAACCUCACUCUUCUGACGGAGAGCUACAUCCAAUCCGUCGCCGAUAUCUCUGUAGCAUGGGGCUACGCACUCGCACCCGGCUAUCCUGCGACCCUCGGCGCCUUCAUCCAGUCGUCGUACCUGGGUCCCAACAAGAGCAACACGGCCGAGAACAUCACAAUCCAGGCCACAGUGCCCGCGGGCCUCGCCAGCGACAGCUACAACGGCAGCCUGGUGCUGACCGCCGGUGUCUACAGCCUGUACGGCGCCAGCUCGGCCCCCGUUGUUACCGGAUUCAACGUCACGGUUGAGGUUGGUGAGGAGACGAGCGAGGAGCUUGUCAUUAGCAACGGCACAGCGUGGAACGUUAACAGCCUGAGCCAGUCUUAA